CGAGGUCCAGUUCCGCCGCAUCGUCCAAAACCACACCCCAAGAAAUCCCCCCUCCACUCGUAUAAUAAUUCCCGAGGGUUUCCUUCGUCUCCUCCGCGUGGGCGCUAUCGGGGCUUUGGUUCUAGAAGAUCUGGUGGUGAACCGCCCUUUCCUUGGCCUCCUCCCUUCCUUCCCACGAAUCCAGUCCACUUUUGCGCUGUACAAAGGCGGCAAUUGCCAUCAUGUCUUCGGGAAAUCAAGAUGACAAAUCUAGUUCAUGCGAAAACAAAAGCUCCAAAACUGAAGCAUCAUCUGCCCAGCAACAGUCAGGACAUAGGACUGCUUCAAUACCAACUACUGGGUUCCCCACAAAUCCUUUUGACUUCUCUUCUAUGAGUAAUCUGCUUAAUGACCCAACUAUAAAAGACAUGGCAGAACAAAUAGCAAAGGAUCCUGUUUUUAAUCAGAUGGCCGAACAACUUCAAAAAAGUGUCCAAGGUGCAGGGCAAGAUGGUCUUCCUCAGUUGGAUCCGCAACAAUAUAUUUCAACCAUGCAACAGGUUAUGCAAAAUCCUCAGUUCAUAACAAUGGCUGAGCGGCUUGGAAAUGCUUUAAUGCAGGAGCCUGCUAUGGCCUCCAUGCUUGAUAAUUUGACUAAUCCAUCUCAAAAAGAACAACUUGAAGAACGACUAGCACACGUUAAGGAUGACCCAACAUUGAAGCCAAUUCUUGAUGAGAUUGAGAAUGGAGGUCCCACUGCAAUGAUGAAGUAUCAUAUGCUAAGAACCACUGCAAAUUUUCCUGGAAAUAUGUUUACAAAAUUUUCAUUAGUAUUUGUUUGGAACAGGUAUUGGAAUGACCCUGAAGUUCUUCAAAAGCUUGGUCAAGCAAUGGGCAUUGGAUCUUCAGGAGAGGCUGCAACUUCUACUGAGCUUUCUGGACCUGAAGAAGCAGAAGAAGAAGGUGGAUAUGAAGAUGAAUCUGUUGUCCAUCAUAUGGCCAGUAUUGGUGAUGUCGAGGGCUUGAAGAAAGCCUUGGACAAUGGUGCAGACAAGGAUGAAGAAGACUCCGAGGGAAGAAGAGCUUUGCAUUUUGCAUGUGGUUAUGGUGAGGUGAAGUGCGCUCAGGUGUUGCUUGAGGGGGGAGCCACAGUGGAUGCACUGGACAAAAAUAAAAAUACGGCGCUUCAUUAUGCUGCUGGUUAUGGGCGCAAGGAGUGUGUGGCUCUUCUAUUGGAACAUGGUGCAGCUGUCACCCUGCAAAAUUUGGAUGGGAAGACACCAAUUGAUGUUGCCAAGCUGAAUAACCAGGAGGAGGUGCUGAAACUACUCGAGAAGGAUGCAUUUCUAUGAAGGGUUAUACUUCAAAUCUUGUUUUGGGGGGGGGGGGGGGGCAACGGCCUGUCUUGGCAUCUCCCCUAGUUUGUUUCUCUUCUUUGUGGGUGGUUAGUUGGGGUCAGUCGAACAAGUUUCAUUUCUGUGAGUAAAUUAUCAACUCUUUUGAUGGAUCAGGGGAUGGAUCUUCCAUUAGUGAUCUUAUGCUGUGCUGUCGUAUUGAAUAGUAUUCAUUUCUGGGGGAAGUGAGCCAUGCUUAAUAAUGUGUUGUUUCAAGUUUGUCAGCUUAUUUUGGUAUGUGCUUGAGUUUAUGUAACUGAACGUGAAAGGAUGAUGCAUGUGAGGUACGAAUCCUCUUAUAAUACUUGUGAAGUAAUUUGCAUUUGGUGAAUAAUUCAUACAUUAA